UGUGCUGCUUCGUUGAAGCCAACGGGGAAGUUUUAUUGACUCAACACUUGCUGAGAUUACAAGGGCUCGUGUAAAAUGGUCAUAGGACAUUAGGAAAUACUGUCGGUGACAUGGGCUCUGUUAUUUCCUCUAUUCUGUAAGAAGGAUAUCAUUGUUGCGCUUGUAUACAUUUUGACAUCUUGCUCCUCAACCGUUGCAGAUGUGCGAAUCGUUUUUUAGUUUACUCACUAGGCCUGCUGUUCACGUGCUAGAAUAAUACGUGUGUAUUUUCGCUUUAGAAGUUUACUUUGCGGCCCACAACGACACACGGUUGAAUUUGACAAUGAAGGAGAAAACACGCCAUCGCGCUAAAUUCCACUGGACGUUACCAGGAGUAACAGCUGGCGUAAUUCUGCUGAGUUUGUUUGCGUGGUCUUGUCGUGCAGAAGAAGCGUCUUGCCACGGAGCUUACGACUUAUACUUUGUUUUAGAUAGGUCGGGAAGUGUUUCUAACGACUGGGGUGAAAUUUAUGCCUUCGUGAAGAACCUUACAGAUCGAUUUGUGAGCCCCAGCAUGAGGGUUUCCUUUAUAGUGUUCUCGUCUUCAGCCAAAGUGAUGUUACCUCUCACUGGAGACAGAUAUGAAAUCCAGGAAGGCCUGGAGAGACUGAGAGAGGUGAAGCCAGCAGGGGAAACCUACAUGCAUGAAGGAAUUAAAGAGGCAAACUAUCAAAUCAAAGCCCAAACCACCAAGUCCUCCAGCAUCAUCAUAGCUCUGACAGACGGGAAGCUAGAGGUCUUCAUACAUCAGUUAACAGUUGAAGAGGCCAACAUUGCGAGGACCUACGGUGCUCGUGUGUACUGUGUUGGUAUCAAAGACUUUGACGAGCAACAGCUAGCCGAGGUGGCUGAUACCAAAGAUCAAGUGUUCCCUGUCAAAGAUGGCUUCCAUGCACUCAAAGGCAUCGUAAAUUCAAGUCGUUUGACAUCGUGCUGCGAGGGAACGGCUUCUCCGUGGGACGAAGCAACGACGGGGUUGUCUGUAGCUUCAUAGUUGGCACGCAGACAUACAAUCAGAAGCCAAGUGUUGUGCGGAACGAUUAUCUCCUGUGUCCUGCGCCAGUGCUGUAUGCAGUGGACAGUCCAUGGAUGUCCUGAUAAGUCUGAACCAUGGAAAGUCAUUUAUCCUUAGUGCCUUCACCAUCUACGCCACAACAUGUUCGGACGGCCUGGCUGUAGCCAUAGUGUUCCUGGUGCUGUUGUUACUGGUAGCGUUAGCAGCGGCGUGGUGGUUCUGGCCUCUCUGCUGCACUG